ACCUACACCUUGUUCUCUCCCAAGGAGAAGUACCAGUACCGCGGCCUGGUGGCGCGCUGCGUGGAGCGCCUCUUCAAGACACUGGCGGAGUGGGACGAGCGCACCGCUGCCAUCUCCAUGUCCUUCAUCGAAGUGGUCGGCGAGACUGUCUAUGACCUGCUGCGACCCAAAAAACCAAGCGUCACCAUCGUCGAUGGCGGGAACACCCUGCGCUUGAAUGGUAUGUUUUCUGAGCGAGUGGUGACGGCGGAGUCGGCGCUGGUGGCGCUGUUCCGUGGCUGCGCGCUGCGCACGACCCACCAGCACCCGCGGAACUCCGCCGGCAGCUCCACCGGCCACGCCAUCCUCACGCUCAGCGUCGAGUCGCGCAGCCUGGUGGAGACAGAGCCGUUCGACCGGCACGCCGAGCUGACGUUUGUGGACAUGGCCGGCUUUGAGAAGCUGCGCAGCUGGGAGAGCUGCUCCGGCCGGCUCAUUCCCGGCGUCGUGGUCGGCGUCAACAAGUCCAUGACCUUCCUGGAGCAGCUGAUCAUGUCGAUGGCAGAGAAGCGUUCAUACCUUCCAGUGCGAGUUUCGAAGCUAACCCACAUCCUGAAGUCGAAGAUCGGUAACAAAUGCGACACAAGAUUGAUCGCCUGCGCGAGUGGUGAAGAGGGACAUCUAUCGGAAACGCUGGCUACUCUCAGGUUCGCUGUUCGGCUACGAGGUGUCGUCUGCAGCCCCAAGCAGGAGCUGAUCGACGACCCGACGUUGAUGCUGACUAAACUGCAGAAGGACCUGGUGAGCCUGCAGCAGGAGCUGUUCAUGCAGGACAUGAUGGCGCGGCGCGCGCCCAAGCUGCACGGCGAGCUGUCGCACCAGGAGCGCGCCACGGUCGAGCAGCAGGUGCAGCUCUACCUGGACGGCCAGCUCGACAACAUCCAGAUCGUCAGCGUCAAGCAGAUCGAGGCGGUGCUGGAAUCGGUGAAGACUGUCCAGCUCCAGCGGGAGGGCGCGUUGCGGGCCGAGGUGACCGCCGACAUGCAGCAGCAGAUGCAGCAGCAGAUGCAGCAGCUGCAGCAGCAGCUGGCCGCCGGGCAGCAGCCGGCGGCCAAGCGCAAGACCAGCCGCGGCCGCGUCAACCGGGAGCCGGCCGACGACGACCGCACGACGACCGGCGAGCGCAGCCGACGUGACGAGCGGCAGGUGUCGGCUGGCGCCGCCGGCGCGGAUCAGAGCGGGCCCGGCUUCGGCGCCGGCCUGCAGGCCGAACUGGACCAGUGGCAGCGCACCAUUGCUGAGCGCCACCAACAGUACGCGACGCUUGCGCGCCAGCUGCGUGGGCAGCGCUGCCAGCAGGGUGGCCUGCUGACCGACCUCCAGCUGCUGCAGGCGGAGCGGCACGUGCAGGGCGAGCAUUACGACGCCGACGACAACGUGGUGCUGAGCACCGACGAGCGCCAGCUGCAGCACCGCGCGCAGCGGCGCGCGCGCGCCCAGCUGCGUCGCACGCGGUGCCCCAAGUAG